ACAAAUAUUGACGUCAUCGCCUCAAUUCUCGCCAUUUGCAAUGUACAGGGAAGAGAGAGGAAAUACGGAACAGCAAACGGUUCCCAAAUUAUGAACAUUAUGGGCGUGUGAUCAUAUCAUUUAUGUGAAAAGUGACUUUUUGUAAUUCGUAAGUCAAGAUGGAGAACGAAGUUAUCAACGACUACCAGUCAUCCCUUGUGGAUCUGACGUGCAACAGCAAGCCAUUGAUCAACAUGCUGACCAUGCUGGCGGAAGAAAACGAGCAAUAUGCGACGCACAUUGUUGAAGUGAUCGAAACGCAUAUAAAUCAGGCGAGUGAAAAGAAGAAGCUGCCUUCACUGUAUCUAAUAGACUCCAUUGUCAAGAAUUUGCCCAAGACAACGUACCCAAGUCUUUUCUCUCACAACAUUGUCUCAGUGUUCUGUGGCAUGUUUGAAAAGGUGGAUGAGAAAACCAGACAAUGUAUGUUCAAAGUACGACAGACCUGGAACGAAAUAUUUCCAAAUAGGAAACUAUAUGCAGUAGAUGUACGAGUGAAUCUGGUGGACCCAGCCUGGCCAGUCACUGCCCAGCCCCCUGUCGAGUCCAGCAUCCAUGUCAACCCAAAGUUCCUGGCUGCAAAGCAACAGAAAGAAGAAGAGGAGAUCUUGGAGGACGAUGAUUUAAUCAUCCAUGACACGGUAACUGAGGAACAAGAAGCUCUGAUGCGACAACAACUAAUAGCUAAGCAACAGGAGCUGCUCAAGCUUCAACAGCAGCGUCUGGAGCUAGAGCUGAAGGAGACAAAGGCCAAACUUGAUCAGCAAAAACAGGUAGGCUCACAGCUCAAUGCUGGUAAAUCGAAGCAUCUGGAGGCUGCAGACACCAUGGAUCCAGUUGAUAAUUUGAACCCACCAAUCCAUCCCACCCCAAAGUCUACACUUGAGACAACCAAACCCCUUGGGACAAGUGCCCCAAGUCGUCCAACCACUAGGGACCCACGUCUGGCGUCCAGGGAUCCCCGCUCUGCCGGCAGAGACCCUCGCCUCAAAGGCAAGGGUGUUGCUGAUUCUAAAACCUCCGAAGUUUCUCAGUCAGACAGUACCCCUGCUGUUGUUCAGAAUUCCGAAGUUGUUUCAGUACCCACUUCAAUAGUACCUACUUCUCUGAUGGCAUAUCCGCCACCUCCCUUGCCCAGCAUGAUGGCGCCUGCUGGUAUGAUGCCACCUGGAAUGAUUCCAGGAUACAUGCCACCAGUUAUGAAUAUGCCGCCACAGACAAACCUAGGACGACCCAUAGUGCUGCCAGGCAUGCUUCCCUUUCCCAUGCCAACAGCUCAGAUGGGUAUGUCUAUCCCUCCACCGCCUGUGGUCAAUAUCAACAAUCAGGCCAUCCCAAACAAGGACACUCAGGUUGCUAAAUUUGGUCACCAAAAAUCAAAUCAUGACAAAUCUAAUGGCAAAGUGAGCAAGAGCUCUUCAUCACAACAAGCCUCUCAGAAAUCCAGUACAGACCACAAGUCCAAGGAUGUGAAGGAGAGUUCUAGGUCAAGCCGGGACAUACGUGCUGACCGAAAACACAACGAUAAACGUGAUACCAGCAGUAGUACUAAAAGUAGUAGACAUUCUGACUCAAAACGCUUGUCUGUGGAGAAAGAUCGUGAUCAAAAAGAUAAAGAUAACAAAGACAGGAAGUCAUCUUCAAGUCGGCGAGAAAGUCCUAGAACAAGCUACAGUAGUGCUAGCAGUUCAAAAGAGGAAAAGUCAAAAACAAGAAGUGACUCAAAAAGUGAAUCAAAGUCUAAAAAAAGUGACAAGGAUGAUACACGACAUAAGAGGAGCAGUAGAGAUUCUGAUGAAGACAGCAGGAAGAGUAAUCGCAGUGAUGACUCUGAUGACCGGAGACGUGAAAAUACACGCUCUACACGAAGUUCGAAAGCUAGAACAAGAUCUAGGUCACCAGUGAAAUCAAAAUCUCCUGAGGAAAGAAAGUCAAAAACUAAACCAAAGGAGAAAACUGAAAAAUCAGAGAAAACAGAAAAAAAAUCUACAAAGGAAGAAAGCAAAAGUAAAAAAUCAUCUCCUGUUAAAAACAGUAAAAAGACAGUGAAAGAAGAAAAAGGAAAGAUGGCAUUAGAGACUGAAAAAUGUGAAAAUGUGAUAGUUAAGCAAGAGCCUGUGGAGUUGAAUACAGAUGAUAACGUUUUGUCCAACGAAGAAAAGGCUGUGGAGAUAAAAACUGAAAAGGUGGAUGAAAUGGCUGUGGAACCUCCAGAACAGGACAUGCCAAAAGUGGCCCCAGUUGAGGACAUGGACGUUGAUGAUAGACAGGUGCACCCUCAAGCUCAAGAGAGCCUGAAGCGUGAACACUCGAGAAAAAUUGAGGAGAGUGAUGUGACAGAGGAGGGGCAAAGUUCAAGUAAGAAACCUCGCCUGGAAGAGGAGCCAGAUCAAAGUACUGCUAAAGUCAUGGACGAGGAUAUCAGUUCUUUGUUUGGGUCUGAAGACCAAGACUACAGAAGCCAAAGGGAUGGUCCUGGUCCUCCCAUGAAAAGUCCCUUUCAUGAUAAGUGGAUGAAAUUUCGGGAAAACCAUCCUGGUGACUUUAAAUAUGAGCUUGAUCUGGAAAAAGAGCGUGAAAUAGCUGCCCAUGAUGUGGACCACCGAAGAGCAAGCUCAGAAUCUGAAUCUGUGAAGGAUGUGGACCACAGAUAUAAAGGAGUUCCACAGGACAUAGAUCUACGGUCAUCCUUUACUCACAAAUCAUUGGACCAGGAUGCAAGAGAUUACGACAGCCGAAAUUCUGCCAAACCUGUCCAUAUACCUGCAGCCCUGCAACUCGACCAUCGAGAAGAGAUUCUUGAACAGAUUGAGCAUCGUCGGAGGUCCGGGGAAUUAAGUCAUGAUAUGCAUCAAGAGUUGCUUCACCAGCUAUCCAAGCUAGAUAAUGUACAACGCCAGCAAAACCGACUCAAUCACCCCAAUGAUAGACGGGGGCCAGACAGUCCUGUCCUUGACACAGACCGCCGUGGCAGAGAUACUUGGCAGUAUAGGUCGCCACUCAAAGACCCACCCCAGGGCAGGUCUUAUGAUAGGCGACCAGAUAUCCAGAGAACCCAUGGAAACAGAGAAGGACCUCUCAAGGACUUUGAUGACAGAUAUGGACCUGAGCCAGAUUUGGAGAGGAGACGAACACCUCCUUUAGAUCAUUCUGGUCCUCUCCGAGAUAGAAAUAACAGAGAUAUAGAUAGUCGCCACGGUCGUGAUCAUGGCUUUGAUGAUAGGCGUAGACCACCUCAUAAUAUGGAUGGGCCCAACAGGGACUUUGACAAUAGACUUGGACCUCCAAGGGAUUAUGAUAGACGACGUGAGGCUCCAAUGGACACCAACAGACCUCCUAGGGACUGGCAGGGACCAGAUGACCGCCUGAGGGCUGGACCAGGCCGUGAUCAUAAGCGGGAUUGGAAUUAUAAUGAAAAUAAAGGCAGGGGAUGGCACAAUCCGAACCACUGGAAAGAUGAUCCAGCCUUCAGGGAGGAUGGUCCUCCAGGACGCUACAAUGACCGUCCACCUAGGUAUAACCCUGAUGAAAGAGGUCCACCAGAUGGGCCACAUAGCAUGAAUGGGCCUUACAAUGACAGAGGGCCACAGAUGGGUCCACCUCGCCAGCAACCAUUCAUAAAGCAACAACAGUCCUCUGAUCCCAGGUGGAAGAGGAUUGUAGGCUAUAAGGGACCUGAGGAGAAUGAGGAGUUUGUGAUUGAUGGUCGACCAUAUGGAAUUGCUGUGGGUCAACCAGCAAGGAAGAUUAGGGUUGCGGGACGCACUAUUGAAGUUUUCGCUGAUCCAAAUGAGCGGGCAAUACGUGUUGAUGGUGUUAUCGUAUACAGGUUUGGGGAUAUGGUCAGAGACGUUAAACUUGGUCGCUUGAAUCACAAGAUAUUCUAUCAUGGCCUGCCCCGCUUUAUCUGGAUUGAUGGCAUUAUGAGGGAGCUGCGUGUUGAUGCACCACCUAAAAUUCUCAGUAUUAAGGACAAGGAGCACACAAUGCGUAUUGAUGGGCGUGAUCUUAUGAUCCUAGUAGACAAUAAAGAAAUGGGAGUAGUAGGAGGACCGCCUAGAUAUGUCUUUAUUGACAAUAACCGCUGUGAGUUCAGAUUUGAUCCUCCGCCUCGCAAGAUCUUAAUUGAUGGCACGAUGAGUGAACUGAAGCUAGACAGGGCUAUUCCCUGUGUUGUGAUCAACAACAAGAAGAGGGGAAUACGCUUUGAUGGGCCUCCUAGGGAGAUCAUUGUGGACAAUAUCAAUUAUGUUGUACCUGUUGAUGACUGUGUUAAAAUACGCAUCAACAACAGACCGCAUUACCUGGCAUUUGGAGGGCCUGCUCAUGAAGUGAUAUUAGAUGGAAAGUGGUUUGAGGUGAAAUUUGGCGGACCAGCCAAAGAGAUCUCCUUGGGCAACCGUGUUAUACAUGUAAGAUUAGAAGGGCCUCCACCAGAAGUUAAGAUUUUAAAUGAAAUUAUUGAAGAACCUGAAUCUGCACCAACCCGAUAUGGGCCCCCUAAGGCAGUGCAAGAUCUUAGACCGGAUGGCCUUCCUCAACACCUGCAGCCUUCUGGGCCUGGACAACAAGGGCCACCAGCGCUGAUGAUGGGCGGCCCUAUGGACCAACAGCCAAUGAUGCAAGGAAUGAUGCCGCCAGGACAGAUGAUGAUGAACUCCAUCCAAUCGCAACCAGUGAUGUCCCAGCCAGGGCAACCAACAUACAGUGGCAUGAUGCCGCCACAGAACCCCAUGCUUCCUACACAAAUGCCAGGUAUGAUGCCUGCUGUGUCUGGAGCAAUGACCAAUGUUUUCCCUGGUCAGGCACCAGUCCAAGCACCAAAUCCUCUGAUGAAUGUAAGCUCGCUGCUUCAGCGGCUAAUGGCUACUGGUAUUAUCCCACCCAAGGACACUGAGAAAAACGACAACACCGAAACUACAGAAACACCUAAACCACCUGAGAUAAAAACCAGCAAAAAUGAUAAUACAAAGACUGGCAGCAUAAAUGAGAAAGAUUUCAUCAAACCGGUGUUUAAACAAGUCAAGAUUAAAGAUGUACCCGAUCUGACAGAACUGAAGACAGAGAAACUGAAACAGUUACAUGAGGGUGUGAUACAGAGCCUGUUUUCUGGUAUCCAGUGCUCAGCAUGUGGUCAGCGUUUCUCCGCCCAGCAGACUGAGAGAUACAGGGAACAUUUAGACUGGCAUUUCCGACAGAACAGACGGGACAAAGAUGAUGCCAAGGUCACUAAGUACAGACGCUGGUAUUAUGAUGUGUCGGAUUGGAUAACAUAUGAAGAAAUAGAUGAAUCUGAAGGAAAAGGUCGCAGUUCCAUAUUUGAGAAGAUGCUGGCUAUAGCUACCACAGCAAAUUUAGCAAACGUGCCCCAAGAUACGGUUGUGAAUGCCCCAGAGGGCUCUAACAUCAUCCACUGUCCUCCAGCAACGGGGGAGGACAAGGGAGAUGUGUGUGAGAUUUGUGGAGAUCCAUUUGAGCAGUUCUGGAAUGAAGACCAGGAAGAGUGGCACCUGCGGGAUGCCAUUCGUGUCGAAAGCAAGACAUACCAUCCAAUCUGUUACGAAGAUGAGAAAGAGGGCAGUAUAUUGGAGCCAACACCUACUCCCGUCAAGGCUCCCACAGAAAACCCUCUGGUAAAACAGAUCAAGGAGGAGUCCAACCCGAUCAUCUUACAGAUUAGACAGGAGCUGGGUGAGCUGCCUGUCUCUGCCAUCGACAUGAGCAAGGUCAAGGUAAACAAGACCAAGCUGUUUAUUCCUGAAGAUGAUGAUGAGGAAGAACCAGCACCAGCAGCAGAGAUUGAGUCUGUCAAAACAAGGGACAGCGAGGAGGAGUCGGUCCCAGAAAGGGACAGCGUUAUGGAGAUCAUCAAGUCCGUGGUGAAAACUGAGCCUCCCUCUGAUGUCGAUACUUCAGUGAAGACAGAAUCAGGACUAUGACGCAUGCUGGCACCAUAAACUUGUCAUUAUUCUACAGCGCUGAUCAGCUUAAAUAUGUCACAAUUAUUGUGAGACUGAAUUACAGCACAAGAUUGUAAAGUAAUCAAGGCUAUUGUACUCUACAGUGGGUCGUCAUUGCUGUGAAGUGCUGGCCAGUUGUGUCAUCCUGCUAGUCUGUUAGUAAUCAUUGAUCAGCUUCAUCAUUGCACCAACAGAUUAUGGUUUUGGACAUGUUACUGUAGGCAAAAAGUCCAUAAUUAAAGUACACCUUUUUUUGUAAAAUAUUGUGUCCAAUAUGUGUACAAAUGUCCCAUUCUGUUGGUGUGAUUUUCAUCCACUCCAUUCACUCCAAAGCAUUAUGUGAUAAAAUGGCCUUAUUUCACUGUUGUACGGGUAAACAUUCACAAGGUCAUUCAAGGUUGCAUGGACAGCAGUCUUUGUAUUUUAGUCAUUAAUAAUAUGAUAAAUAUAUAUUUUGAUCACAAAGUGAUCACAAACCUAUCUUUACUAGUCCGUACUGAUUCUGUAUAAGUUCAUAAGAAAUUAGGAUUUAUACCGAUGUAAGGCAGCCUUCAUUUUCAGUACCGAAAACAAAUGUGAGUUGUGAACUCUUUCAUUAAUUUAUUCCUUUCCUGUUUUGUGAAAUGUAUUUUUAUAUUUGUAGUUAUUCUUUGUAAAUCAAUUUGUAAAUAUACAUAAUGUAUAAAAAAGAUAUCAUUGAAUUAAGUUUUUCCAACAUAAGUGCUUUUAGCUAUAAAGUGUACUACCUGCUGUGUCCAUUUACAGUAUAUAAACUGACAAGCUCAGUGAUUGCACACCUCACUCCGGAGGAAAUGGCACAGAUUUGAGUAAAAACAAACACACUUAAGUCUUAAAAAGCUCUCUGCUGUCCUAGAUUCAUAGAUUUCUUUAGUUGCUUAGCAAUAUAAGUAGAAUAAGAUUGUUUUUUCUGUUUUGUUUUGAUAUAUGAUUAUGGUUUUAUCAGGACUGUAGAGAGCUUGCAAAAAUUAUCUUUUGUUGGUGUUCUACCUCCAGAAAUAUUGCAAAUCGAGAAUCAUCUAGUUUGUUAUAGUCAAAUGAAAAACUUCAAUGUAUGAGCUACAGGUUUGUAAGUAAAUUGUCACUAAGGAAGAAUUGAUGUUAGAAGGUCACCUAACUUGACCAACACAUUGAAUGUUAGGAUUAAUUGGCCACUAGAUUGACCAACACAAUGGUAGGACUGUGCAUGAUAAUAGAGUAUGAUGGGCUUUUCCCUGUGUGUCUCAGGAUUGUGUUGGUGACUAAUCCAAUGAUGGUGAGUACCAACCAAUCCAGUUGAGUGAGGGAACAUAUGGUCGUUAAGGUUGAUGGAAUAUUGAAACAGUGCUUGAUGUGUAUGAAAAGGGUGUGUUUAUACUUUAUUUGUGAUGUAUGGAGAUAGGAAGGAAUGUUUGUUUUUAAUUUAGAACGUGGCUAAAUGAAGCAUUUGUUUUAUAGACUGAGUGCAAUGCUUAAAAAAUGUAUCCAAAUGUGGUUGAUUGUAAGAAUGUGUCUGAAGGCGGUUAUUUUGAGGAACAAACAAAUGUGUUGAGGAAUCUUGAAGUUUUAUACAUGCAGAGAGAAAAAAAUAAACUGGUAUAAAAACAAA